AUGAAACCGAAAAGGAUAAAUAUUGGAUCUUUGAGAAACUGCCAGUUCUUCCAAAAGCUAUUUGGCGGAAUAUUCCAUUCGCUAUGCUACACACAGAAUGCCUUGAGAUUACGCAAGUAUGGGUACUAUGAGCCAAAGGGAGCUCAAAUACCUGAAGAGGUUGAGAGGAUUCUACAUGAACUUGUGAUUCACUCAAUGUCUUUACAAUUUGUCUGCCGAUUAGAGGCGAAGAAAGUUCUCGAACUCGUCACCUUUACGUCAGGAGCGAGGUUAAGCAUGUUUGAAUUGUCUAAAUCUAUAGCCAGUGAAUCUCUAAUCCCGCAACGGUUAUUUGAUGACGGUGACGAGUUGGUAUUCGUUGCCGAUAUGCUUUCGGAUGAGUUUUCGCGAUUGCUAAACUCGGCUGUCCGCUAUGUUUUCAUCACCUGCGAACGACUACGGCCGGAAUUUACCACACUCCUCAAAGAUUAUAUCGAG